GCUUUCGAUUUUUUCUACGAAAAACCCCGAUUGGUAAAUUUAAUUGCAAGGUGCAAAGUACUACAGCUGGCAUUUGAUUUGACGUCUCAUUGUGAUCCGCUUUUUCGAGUGACCUUGUAUAAUUAUGGUGAUUCAGCGAAUUCUGCGGCUGGCGGGAUUUUAUCGAAUUCCACAAAGAAUUUUGACACUUCAAGUUGUCAGUGCGGCCUCGAAGUUUCACAAACGUUGGAGACAAAAAUGUUUACUGUCAGCUCCAGCACUCUCAUUGGCACUUUUUGGAUCUUCGAAGAGUAAUGACAGUAAAGAAUCUAUUACGACAAAAAAGGUUUUACUCGCCAAGGCUGACGCUCUUUUCGAAAGUGGAGAGUAUCAGAAGAUUUACGAUUUACUCAUAAAGUAUCGAGAUAAUAAGGAUGUGGAGAUCCUAUGGAGACUGAGUCGAGCACUUUUCAAUCAUUCAAAAAGUGCUAGUGACGUAGAAGCAAAGAGAAUGGUCUACGAGGGAUACGACAUCAUGGAAGAUGCUUUGAAAAUUGAUAACAAUCACUGGGCUGUUCACAAGUGGAUGGCAGUUUUGUCAGACACAAAAAAUGAAUACGAAGGAAUAAAAGCGAGAAUUAAGAAUUUGUUAACGUGCAAAGAACAUAUGAUGAAAGCUAUUGAGUUGAAUCCAAAUGACGCUACAACCCUCUACAUGUUGGGGAACUGGUGCUUCAGUGUGGCCGACAUGCCUUGGUACCAGAGAAAAAUUGCAUCAGCUAUAUUUGGAACAGUUCCAUCCUCUUCCUACGAGGAAGCAUUGCAAUACUUCGAAACUGCCGAGAAAAUCGAUCCCUUGUUCUACAGCCACAAUCUGUUAUUCCUAGGGAAAACUUAUUUAAAACUGCAGAGAAAAGACGAAGCCAUGAAAUAUCUCAAGAUGACAGCUGAAUUUCCAGCGAGAAAUGACGAGGAUCACAGGGCAAAGUUAGAGGCGACAAAAAUACUGGGAACUCUUUGAUUUAUGGAUCAUAUUCAAUAUGUGUCAUAAACAGAGAUUAUGGAUUGUUACAACGAGAUUUAUCCACGGAAUAACUAAAUCAAUUGCUUUAACCGCACAUGAAUUAGACGGAAGGCUGAGUAAUUUGUGAAUUACAAUCUAGUCGGUAAAGUAAAAAAUUUCUAAACUUCUUAAGGAUUCGCACACUGACGACUUCGAAUUCUUCUGAGGAAUUCUAAAAAUGGAAUUUUCUAUCAAUCAUUGACACACAAUUUUUUUUACAAUACUUCUUUAUUAAUGGCGAAGGGAAAUCCAUUUGUUGUUUAAGUACAAGUGAUAAUUUAUCGAAUUGAAUAAAUAAUAAUUUAUAUUCAUAUAUAAAACUUC